GACAAGCCUACCCUAAACUAUAAUUAAGUUAUUUAUUUACUUCCGCAUUCUUCCCUCUACCAACACCAUUUGGGCGGCUUUUUUCUCAAAUUUCCUUCUUUUCUAAUCGACCUUCUUUUUCUCUAGUUUUAAUUUUUAUUUUGAAGAUCUCUUCAUUUCAUUUGAGAACAUCGAUAUUCAGCAUUCGCCAAAGUGUAAGGUAAAAUCUGUUUUGUAUACUUGUGAUACGUUAAUUUUAUUGUACAUUUAAUUUGUUUAUAAUCUCGUUUAUAAUCCUAAUUCUCCCGGUUAUAUCUUCGUUUCUCUCCUUUUUUGCGGAAAGUGUGGAUUCUCUGUCAUCGUACUUUGCUAAAUUUGGAAAGAUUUUUAUUGAUUGCUUAACGCAUGUUCUUGAUAGAUUUUUUUUUGUGUGAUUUUUAGGUUUACGUUGGAAAGGUGAAACUUACAUUCGUUCAAGCUUGCUUUUGGUUUUUUACAUCUCUAAUAAUCUAUACCCACAAUCAAUACCUCAAUAUGAUUCGUUCUCUUCUUGCUUUUCUCACGAUUAUCUUUCUUUUAAUUUCUACUGCUUUAUUGAUUAUUGGCAGUGUUUCUGUUCCUGCGACCUCAAAGAUGAUGCUAGGUAAGGUUAACGACACCUACUUGGGUAUCUUCGGUACUUGCUCGGGCAAUGGCGAUCAUUGCACCAAAACAAGUUUCGGCUACACUGUCGAUGAUUCUUUGGUCCAAGACUUCUACUACAAGGGGGACAAACGUAAUGUUCUUUCCAAAGUUUUGAUAACCCAUAUCAUCAGCGCUGGUAUGUCUUUUAUAAGUGCUUGUUUAGUCUUUCUUUCAAUCUUCGUUGUGAAACAGGGAUUAAAUAUCUUUAACAUUCUGUUUAUUUUUCUUACUACUCUGACGACUUGCUGUGCAUUUGGCGUCGAGCUUACUCUGUUUUUGCCUCACAAUACUUGGCAAUCUUAUGUUGUUGCCGGCGCUAUUGGAAGCGAUCUACUUGCAAUCUUGCAUCUUUGCUUCCGUAGUGUCUCGAUCGGUCGUAUGCACAAGAAAAAUGAUGAAACCACUCCUUCCAAUGACACCGUUGAAAGUUUCUCUGUUUAUAAAGAAAAGGAGGAUUAUCCCCUCACGAUGGAUGAUAAGCUUAAUAACGUUCCCGCUACACUGCCGAAAUUCAAUGAUGCUUUAACGUCCAAUUCUGAAUUGGGUCCUCCUUCCGAGCAGGAAGACUCUCCAUUUUCUAAACGUGUGUCUCCUAGUUUUCAUGAGCAAAGCUUUGUCUCCCCAACCCCCUCUCGAUCUGUCAAAUCACCUACUCGUGAUACUCUCUCAAAGCUUCCUAGUUAUGAUGAUGGCCGAUACAUAAAGACCCCUUCUUUGAUUUCAUCCAACAACUUUGCAAGACCCCAAGUUCAGGCAGAAGACAAUAAGGAAUAUUCUCCUCACAAAACUGGUAGACUCCCUGGUUUUCCUCCUCUAAACACAAAUAGAAACGGUAACAGUCCUGCGUUUAAUUCGGAUCCAUUCUCCAAAUCUAAUCCUAGCCCGACCAGUAGUGAGGACACGAAUUCUGCAUUCUUUGAUGUUAAUCCUAAUAUGGCUACUACUGAAUUCGAAAGCUCUCAUCAAGAUUCACUCUCUCCUUCCGCUAAUGACCAACCUUCUUCUCGAAAGAUUGCUAGGCCAUUUGCCCCUACUGAGUCCAAUAAUCAUUUAACUCGUGAACCAGAUACCAGCUUUCCGAUGAAGCAACAAGCUCAUGUAUCUGAUUCUCCUGUUGACACGCAGUUUCCUCAUCCUGAAAGCCGUGAAGUUCAAAACCUUCUUUUUUCGGGAAAUGAACCCAUACAUAAUAAAGAUUUACCCAAAGAUAACUUUAACGUUAACUCAUCAGCUCAGCUCAAGAUGCCUACUACCCACCGCAGCAGACCACCUACAUCAUUGAACGGUUCGUCUAAUGACCUGUCCAACGUUACCGGUGUUCCUCGUCCAUUCAGCAAACGACCUACUCCAAAACCUUCUAGAAGCCCACUCGAGAGAAAUCAAAAUCCCUCCCAAACGAGUCUUGGCUCUGCUUUCUCUGGUCCGUCAAUGCAACCCCCCAUGAGUAGAGCGGAAAUGCGAAACCCUGCUAAUUUAGUACCAGUUUCAAGUACUUUGGAUCAGUUAUCCGGUAACGCUGACUUUGAACUUCCCGUUCGAGGUGGACGCAAAAACCGACGGAGCGAUGGUGUGAGUCGUAUGAUUCGCUAAAUAAUGUUUGAAUCUCUAAUUUUAUGCUCUUUUCAAUCUUUCGAAAAGUUUUUUUCGAAGCUUAUAGCUUUUCAGAUAGAAAGUAUUUUUCUAUUUGUUACCCUUGUGAUACAUCAAGGCUUCUUACUUCUUACUAUAACCUUGUUUUUUCUUUUUUUUCCUUAGAUAAAAGAAAAAGAGAAGUGGUCACCAGCCGUUCCCAACGGCUGGUUCCUAUUAUGUGUAACCUAAUUAUUAGAUGCUUGUACGAAGUUUAUAAUAGACAAUCAAAGGAUAUAUGCUGUUCUUUGCUUAAUGUAUUUAUUAUGCAAAUUUUGAAAAGGUUAAGAAGUAUAUGUGAAACAAGUAAAUU